UACUAGAUUAUUCAUUAUUAUUAUUAUUAUUAUUUUUUUUUUUUGCUCAUCACCUCUUGUCCCAGGGGGGACUGACUUGGGCUAAGAGAUUAUGCUUUGAUUGUGGGAUACAACUCUGGGCAAGAGGCAUUGGGUGCCCACCCAUGCAGGGGCAGAACCCCAAACUCGCCCCUGAUCCAAUUUAACAAAGCACCUGGAGAAACUCUAUUUUUUUUUUUUUUUUUUUUUAAAAGCCAAAGUACUGGGGGGGAUUUAAAAGCCAAGGUGGGGGGACAGUUUGUGGAGACUGCAAACUUAUUUUCCAAAAUAGUUUGCACGGGGACAGGGAUGGGGGAUUACACAACCCCCUCUGCCUCCUCCAACGGCGGCAGCCUGUGCAUCAGUACUGCCCUGGGCAGCAGCAUUGGUGGGACUGGUACCGGUACUACUAAUACCCCUCCCAGCGCUGCUGCCCCCAAUGCACCGAACAAUAGCAGCAGCACCAGCAUUCCUAAACACAGCACUGUGGUGGAACGGCUCCGGCAGAGAAUAGAAGGCUGCAGGAAGCACCAUGUCAGCUGUGAGACCAGGCACCAGCAAGCCCAGGCUGAACAGCUGGACAUGGAGAGAAGGGAGACGGUGAAUCUCUACCAGAGGACUAUGGAGCAAAGAGCUAAGAAGUCAGGCACUAACCAAGGGGGCGCGUCUGCAGGAUCUACUGCAGGUUCAGCUGCUGGUGGAGCUGGUGGCAACAACAAGCAUCAUCAUCAUCAUCCCCAGCAGCAGCACCACAACCACCACCACCACCACCACCAGGGCAAGCUGCAGGAUGUAGAUCCACCAACCAGCGGCACAGCUGAGCAGAGGAACCACACUCUGAUCAUGCUACAAGAAGCUGUACAGAGGAAACUUGAAGGUGCCCGCUCACCACUUAACGGAGAGCAGCAAAAUGGUGUCUGUGAUGGAAGGUUCUCUCCUUCUGCUAAACGCAGGAGGAAGGAUGUACCGGCUGUUGAACCUCUUGGUAAUCUUUCAAAUAUGCCACUGCCUUCUGUGUCUCCUCUUCAGCAGCUUGAUAUUAAACCACAUUUACCAGUGUCGAAUAAUGCAGUUAAUUCAAGUGGGUUGGAAGACAUAAGUAAAAAUGGUGGACAGCAGGAAAUGAAACUGGCAUUAAAUGGCUGUGGUGAACUUGACAACAGCUAUAAUAUUCUCCAGAAUAAAGAAAUGAAACAAGAGCCAUUAGAUGAUGCAUCUGUUAUGGACUCCUCAGAAACAUCUCUUUCCCACCAAAAUAAACUUUUCUCUGACAUUAAUCUGAAUGAUCAGGAAUGGCAGGAGUUGAUUGAUGAACUUGCCAACACCGUUCCAGAGGAUGACAUAGAGGACUUGUUCAAAGAGGACUUUGAGGAGAAAAAAGAACUUGAUUUCUCAAGGCCCACGGCACAAACACCUCUUCCUCAAGAAAGUGCCAGCGUAAAGAGUGAUCCUUCUCACUCUCCAUUUCCCCAUGUAUCUAUAGGCUCUCCUCAAAUUAGACCCUCUUCAUCUGGUCCUUCCUUUUCAAAUGUGUCUUCUGUGUCUAGCAUACCCUCUGUUUCCAGUGCACCAUCAACGUUAAUGCUCGCUGGAUCACCAGCAAGUUGUGUUGUUCAAUCUCCACAAACUCCUACCCAACCCCAUACUCCUGGUCAAACCUCAACAAGACCUGGAAAUGGCUAUGUCAUGAAUCCAUCUUCUAAUUCAGGGAGUGGAACUGUAAAUCUCCCGAGUGCAGACUUGUCUCCAGCAGAGCAGCUUAAGCAGAUGGCAGCACAGCAACAACAGAGAGCAAAACUUAUACAGCAGAAGCAGCAACAUCAGCAGCAGCAGCAGCAGCAGCAACAGCAUACGACCCACCCAUCGAACUGGUCACCUGUGGGGCCUCCAACUAGCCCCUAUGGAGCAGCUUUUGGUCCUGAAAAACCAAAUAGCCCAAUGAUGUAUCCCCAAACAUUCAACAACCAAAACCCCAUAGUACCUCCAAUGGCAAGCAACCCACCGAAAACCCCCAUGAACAACUACCUCCCACAAAGCCACAUGAACAUGAUAAGCCAACAAACAAACAAUAUGGGUACAAAUGCCAUCAGCAAACCUCCCAAUAUGCUUAGUUAUGGUAACACUAAGCCACUUACACAUUAUAAUGUAGAAAUGAGUCAGAGGAUGACCCCUCCAAUUACUAACCAAAACAAGAGUACUAUGAUGCCAUACAUGCAGCAGCCACAACAGCAGCAACAGCCACCAAUGCCACCUCAGAUGAGCCAUUUGAGUGAGGAGCAGAAACGACUGCUCAUCAUGAAACAGAAGGGACUCCUGAACCAGCCAAUGGCAUAUGGCUCUCUUCCGCCCCAUCCUCAGGAGCAGAAUGCAGUUGGUAUGUCAAGGCCGGCUGGCACCUUGCAGCAGUCUGUGCCAGUCACCGGAGGAAACCCUGGAGGUGCAGGCUUUAUGCCCAGCCAGCCUCAAGCUGCUAUGAUGAAUCAGAUGUUAAUCGAGCAGAGGGCCCAGCUACAUGCCAUGGAGCAGCAAAAGCAGUUUCUCAGGGAGCAGAGACAACAGCAGCAACAACAGAUACUAGCUGAGCAGCAGCUGCAGCAGCCACAUUUGACCAGACAUCUGCAGCAACAAAGAAACCCAUACAGCGUGCAGCAAGUCAGCCAGUUUCAAGGAUCACCACAGGAUAUAGCAGCAGCCAGAAACCAAGCAGCACUUCAGAACAUGCGGACAUCUCGAAUGAUGGCUCAAAAUGCAGGCAUGAUCUCUAUGGGUCCUUCCCAAAACCCAGGCACGAUGCCUACUGCUCCCCUGCAACCAGAAAUGGGAAUGGCUCCUUACAGUAACACAUCGGUCAGCCAGCCUGGAAUGUACAGUAUGAACACAGGUGUAAACCAAAUGAUGCAGCAGCACCCAAACCAAAACAGCAUUAACAUGGCCCAUGGCACUGUACAGGGUUCACGGCAGCCUUCAUCCAGUCAGGGCUUGGCAAUGGUUGGGGGGUUUAGUCAGAACAUGCUGGUAAACUCUGUUAUGUCUCAACAGCAUCAGCAAAUGAAGGGACCUGUAGGUCAAGCCCUAACUAGGCCCCAGGCACCAAGACUUCAAAACAUGAUGACUUCUUUACCCCAGGGAUCGCAAAACUGGACUCAGCGUGGCUUGCAAGGAAUGUCUGUCAGAACUAGCAGAGAUAUGGGGGGUUUCAACAAUGGAGCGGUUUAUCCAAUGCAGACUGGGCAACCUAGGAUGUCCAAGCAGCAUUUUCAACAAGGGCUCAGUCAGAGUGUUGUAGACAGUAGUGGAACAGUACGAAGCCUGAAUCCAGCCAUGAGCAGACAAAUGAUGCAAUCUAUGCCUGGACAACAAGGAACCAAUCAGUCCAGGCAAUUAAUUCCUGCUAUGAACACUGGCAUCUCCAAUAUGACAAGUUUUAAUCAAGCACCCACACAUCAAAUGCCAGGUGGUAACUUUCCUCAAAGCAACCAGGGUCAAGCUUAUGACAGGAAUCCUGGUCAGGACAUGUCAUACGGUUAUACAGAUGCCUCCGCUGCUUCUUUUCCUGGGAUAGCAGAUGGUGCAGACCUUGUGGACUCUAUCAUGAGCAGAGGACCAGGAGAUGAAUGGAUGCAGGAACUUGAUGAAUUAUUUGGUAAUCCUUAGUGAUCAGACUUGGACAAUAUAACAUAAAAAUGAUACUGUGUUCAAUGUUGAAGGAUGGCACUCCCGUCCUUGUUUGUUCUGUAUAGCUGAGCUGAACUGCAGGCGGUUACAGGAAAUCAAGAUGGUCAUCAGUGCAUUUCUGUCAAGUUGACAGCAAUGCAGCAUGCAGUGGGAGAACGGCUACACAUAGAGACGUGUUCCUAUCUGUAGCCAGUAGCAGAUGUUGGUAGAUGUUAACUGUAGGAGUGGUAUGACGGUCUCAGAGCUGCUCCCUGCUGGAUGUCCACUGGGAUGAUACCACUAAGCUCCUCAACGGAGACUCAAACAGGAAAAAAACAGGGCUCUCCAAAAAAAAUGUGCCCAACUACCUGAAAGACUGAAGUAGGCCAAAUGUAAGUUAGCAGGCAUUCUACCAUUUUUGCAUAAAAUAAUUUUGCAAACAGCUGCCUACACAUUUGUCUAAUAGAAUUGGUCAAUAAGUGUUAUGCUUAAUAUCUGGGAUAGGGAGAUGGCUAGAACCAGUGCAACAUUGUCUGCAACCAACACAUUACAUAAAGUGGGUUUCAGGUUAUGUCUGCACAGAAGUUGUCAUGAUAUCUUGUAAAAGUGUCAAGUGUGAAGAGCAGCUAACAGACCACGAUAAAUUGAUCUUCAGAAAUCAUGGCCAGUUGUCUGCCCUCAGCCUGGAUUCCCGUACCAAUGGAGUAAGACAACAGUACAUGUAGACAACAUAACAAACGAUAUAACGCAGCACAGAUUGAUAACUUUAAGUACCAAGAGCCAAAAAAAAAAAAAUCAAGAAAUACAUGACACUUUACCUUCUUUGGUGUUAUAUAGUUACAGGUAUGCGUUAAACCUGCUCUUCUAGUUCACAGAUAAGUAUUGCUUAAACACAGCUGGUUUCUGUGCGGUUCCCUAGUGAUUACGAUAACUUUGCAGAUAGCCACUGAAAUCUAAUUCAGCACCCUAACACUUUGUUUUAUAUUUUAUUUUAUGGUAAAUUCUCAAGAUUGUAGAUUUAAAUGGAGUAUCUAUUAAAAUACAAAAUAAAAUUGAGAGAUUUUAAAAAAACAAAACACAAAAACGGGUAAUUUACGUAGAAUGUAAUUGUCCAUUGCUGUCAAUCACUGUAUUCAAACAAUGUUACAAUAUGAUGUCACAGUGUUUCUUUCCUCUGUUUCUACCAGGGCAACUAAAAUCCAGUGCCAAAAUGCAGUAAUAGUAACAAAUUACAUCAUUCAAGUCUGUGUUUGUACAUUUGUAUCACCAAAAAUGAGCAAAAUUGUGAAUGCAAAUGUUAUUUUGUUUUCUUUGUAUUGUAUAAUUAGACCUUUGCAAUGCAUUGCCAUAAUGGCUUUCAAAUAUAUAUUUGAAAACACACACACAAAUAUAAAAAAAAGCAAACAGGCAGGUUUAAAGAAAGCUUAAUAUAUUUAUUUGUCAGUUAACAAUAUACUGUGCACUAGACUAUUUACACUCUGCAUUGUUUUAUUUACUUGUGGCUUAUCCACAAAACACAAGAGGGCCGGAGGCAACAAUCCCUUUGAAGUUCUGGUUACCAUUGGUAUAGCAUGAUGUUUUGCUACAGACAGAAUUUACUGAUUGGAAGUCUACUUAUGUAACAGGGUUCAGUAUAACCCAUUGGUGGCCAUAAGGGACUUUCGAGACAUUCAUACAUACAUGACAUACUGAGACUUUCUAAGCAUAGUUACCUUUUUGUUCCCCUCACAGACAAAAACACUUAAUGGGACUGUUAGAGUGCAAUACUAAAGGACAAUAGACCCCUUGCCGCUCUGAACUUUGAUAGACCACACAUUCACUAAUUCUACACUGGUUGUAAAAUGAUAAUGGCAGGUGUAGUUCAUCAGUGGCUUAGUACCUACAGAACACCUACAGGCUACUGAUUUUCAAGUAUUUUUGAGCGAUAAUGAAAAAUUGGAUCCAAAUAACUUUUUGUUGCUGUUUAUCAGCAGUUGGAGAUUACAGGUUACCUUGACCAGUGGCCCAGUUACUGGACUCAAGCAUUAUGUGCAUUUUUAUGUUCACAAGUCAAUACAAGGUAUAGAUGUUUUGCUGCCUACAGCCAUGUCACUUCCUUUCUCGAUAAAUCCCAGAAGAACUGGAAGCAAUGAAUGGAUGUCUCAAAUGGAAAGCCUUGAAAAUAAUUUACUACAAAGCAGAGCAAAACUCAGAGAGCACAGCCAGGUUUGAAAUGGUUAUUUAAAUGUUGCUGUAAGUCUGUUUUUCCUUGACUAUGCCACUUGACAAUGCUAUACGAUCUGUCAUUAUUUGGGAAGUACAGCCACAAAGAGAAGAUUAGCCUCCUUGUAUUCUAUGUAUAGCUUGCUCCAAAUACUCCACUUUGGGACCAAUAUUUAGACAAAUGACAAUUGUUUCCUAUUUGUUAGUUUUCUUUGCUUUUUUUUUUUUAUGAUUUUUUUUUUUUUUUACUAUGGUGCUGAUGUAAAUGUUUGAAAUUGGUUAUUUGUAAAUAUCUUUUUACAAAAAUGCAGAUAUCACUG